UCUGCAAGCGGGGUAAAUAAAGUCCUUGUAUGGAAUAAGCAUUCUUAUUGAUAGCAGAAAUAAUAAACAGCUUCAAUAAUCUCGCAGAGCGGAGCACUGUACCUGCUAAGAUACACACCACGCGACUGCGAAAAAAAUCGGAGCAGAAAAAAGUAGUCUUACCUGUAGCCCGAGUUCUUCCAUCUCUUAUCCCGUUCUUCUACACGAUUACCUGUACCGACUUGAAAGUCCAGUUUCACAAGCAAGAAAAACAGAGGAAGCAAAUAUGUCACAGGAGACAGACAACAAGCGCCUGGUGGUGGUGCUGCCAAACGAGGCACCCUUUCACCCGAGGCGGACCUACACCAGCGAGGAUGAGGCCUGGAAGUCCUACCUGGAGAACCCGCUGACGGCCGCCACCAAGGCCAUGAUGAGCAUCAACGGGGACGAGGACAGUGCGGCUGCCCUGGGGCUGCUCUAUGACUACUACAAGGUUCCGAAAGAAAAGAGAUUGUUGCCCAUUGCGAAAGUGGUUGAAAUUUCAGAGGAGCAUGAAAAGAGCAGGACUGCCCUGGUAGCAAACGGCAGCCAGGGUCCCGUGGAAACGGUGGAUAACCACGUCCAGGUGCUGAAGUCGGUGCCGAUGAACCUGUCCCUGAACACGGAGCACCCGGACGGCAAGCGGGAGGCCUACGGGACAGCGGCCGGGGAGGGUGGGGCCACGGCGGUGCUGAAGACCGAGGCGUGUGGCCCUGUGUUCAUGAGCGCGGCGUCACACUACAGGGUGGAGGGGGAGGAGCCGCCGCGGGUCGUUUAUGAGCACGACCCCUACGAGAUGUCGUCCGUCCACCACGCCGGGUACACCAAGGAGGACCAGCGGAGCACCCCCGACAGCAUCUACGAGGAAGAACAGGAUAAAUUCCACACCUCAUCUUUGGGAGCCAAUGAGUUUGUCUACGACCAACAAGGAGUGGACACUUUUCAGUACACACUGGAAGCCACCAGAUCUGUCCGUCAGAAGCAGGGGGAGGGGCCAAUGACCUACCUGAACAAGGGGCAAUUCUACGCUGUGACCCUGAAUGAGACGGGCACCAACAAGUGCCUGCGACAUCCCAUCAGCAAAGUGAGGAGCGUGAUCAUGGUGGUGUUCAGUGAGGAUAAGAACCGAGACGAGCAGCUCAAGUACUGGAAAUACUGGCACUCCCGGCAGCACACGGCCAAGCAGAGGGUGUUGGAUAUUGCUGACUACAAAGAGAGCUUCAACACCAUUGGGAACAUCGAGGAAAUCGCCUACAACGCCAUCUCCUUUACCUGGGAUGUGAAUGAGGAAGCUAAGAUCUUCAUCACGGUGAACUGUCUGAGCACGGACUUCUCUUCUCAGAAGGGUGUGAAAGGCCUCCCGCUUAUGAUCCAGAUCGAUACCUACAGCUAUAACAACCGCAGCAACAAGCCGCUCCACAGAGCCUACUCCCAGAUCAAGGUCUUCUGUGACAAGGGAGCGGAGAGGAAGAUCCGGGAUGAGGAGAGGAAGCAGAUCCGCAAGAAGGCCAAAGGUCAGCCGUCCGCUCCCCAGCAUGUGAACGGGAAGGACGGCGACCUGGCCACGGCGCCGGCGCUCAGGAAGUCCGACGUCACCUACUUCAAAAACAUGACCGACCUGGACUCCCAGCCCGUCCUCUUCAUCCCGGACGUCCACUUCGGCAACCUGCAGAGGGCGGGGCAGGUCUUUGCUUUCAACGCUGAAGAGCUGGAGAGGGAAGGGAGUGUGCUGGUGAAGAGGAUGUUCAGGACGUCUGAGGAUGACUACUGCCCCCCUCCCAAACAGAUCAAAGAGGAGACUCAGAAGAGAGUUCUUCUGUACGUGAGGAGGGAGUCUGACGAGGUGUUUGAUGCCUUGAUGCUGAAGUCCCCAACCUUGAAGGGGCUUAUGGAAGCACUAUCGGAAAAAUACAGUGUGCCUACAGAGAGGAUGGCAAAAAUCUACAAAAAAAGCAAAAAAGGGAUUCUGGUCAACAUGGAUGACAACAUCAUCGAGCACUACUCCAAUGAGGACACCUUUAUCCUGGGCAUCGAGAGCUUUGGGGACGCCUACAAAAUCACGCUCACGGAAAUCUGACGGGCGCUCGUCGAAGUCUGAUGGGCUUGCCAAAGGACUGCGGUGGACUCAUGGUUCAGGCCCCCUCUGGGCUAAGGGGGCGGGGCGUCACCCUAGCAACCAAGGAUGGUUCGACAGAUAGGGGAUAACCACCUCCCGCAACAGAGCAGGCAUCUCUCUGAGGACCAACUCUGUAAAUACAGUCAUGUCCACGACACACUGUCGUUGAGGAAAUGGACCAACUCUGUUAUUUUGGUUUUGUGCAGCUUUCUGCUCCUCAUGUAUGACAUUCAGCCAGUGAAGAUGGUGGAGGAGGGAUAGGUUUUCUGCCAGCACCCCUUAAAAGGUGAAAAAUACCCUUUUUGGGGCUCUUUUUGACUGAAAAAUAUCUUCCAAUUGAGAUGUCAUGUCUUCCAGCAGAGAGGUCCCGUGACAACUCACAGGUCAACAGAAGUACAGUGGUAUACAGUGACGAUGCUUUGACCCGUGCAAGCAAUAGUAUGGUCAACAUGUUGGAGAUGAUUAGCUGGAUAUCCUCCAGCAGUUAAACCAACAGCACCCCCUACAGGCAGAGAGCAGGACAUCAGUCAAACCUCUAUGCAGAGCAGAACAGGUAGGAGUUCUCCAUGUAGGGAGAAUUGGAACUGUCUUUAAGAAGGACUCUGCCUGCGAAACAUGCUGAGGUUUGGAUACAUUUGGGGGGUGUUCGGCUCACCAGCUUCUGGCCCUUGGUUGAGGUGUGUAGCAGGUGAGGGCCACCAGAGGGACUCCCUGCCUAGUCCACUGAGCCUGUCACAUUCCUAGUGCCACAGCCUUCACAACUCUGGACAAGGGGUCAUGAUUUCAAGAAAUAUCAAAGGAGGGCAAUCCUCUGUUUCUAUCUGUGUCUAAAACAGAAGCCAUACAUGUAUGGCACGGAAGAAAUAUUUCAAUAAUGAAAAGCUUUGUGAUACAUAUUUACUACUGAAGCAAUUGAUGUUUCCUGCAUUUUUCUCUCAUAGAAAAAGCAUAAUUUUAUAUAAAGAUCAUGUUUUCAGUAGGCAAUGUACAGUUAGUUUUGUAUUUUUUUGUAUGUUUUGUAUGCCUUGAAAUGUCAGGCCGACUUGUAUAUUUAGUGUACAUCUUCCAGUUUAUAAUGUAUUGCAUUCACAGUGUACAGAGGCCAGAUCUAGCUGGCUUUAGAGCUGGCUGCUUUGGGGAACUGCAGCUCAUCAUGCUACAUUGCGCUCUCAUAGUGUUACAUUCAACAUUUAUGCAAUAUUUAUUCCUGUUAAAUAUUUAAAGCAAACCACAAAACUCAGUGUAAAUGAUUGGUCUACAACGACUGUCUUACAUGGCUGGCAGACAUUGAGAAUGACAUGAAUUCAAAAAUCGCUGUAAGCUGAGCCUGUUUCCUCUGUCGGCCAUGCUCGAAGCGUCUGCCAAACCUUCAAAAAUGCGUCA